AUGUAUGUAUUACACGAAAACCACAAAAUAUCAUCGAUUGGCAAAAUACGUGAAUUAUCUGAAAGCUUCGCCUCCACUACUAAUUUCCUUAAGAGGCGAUUCUCUUCCGGAGAUCUAUCGGGAGAAGGCUUUGACGAUGAAUUGGAAGGCGAAAGACAAUCCUCUGGAGUACAAACGAACACCGAUUCAAAUCCAGUGCCAACACAUUCGGUGUCGCAAUCAUCGGAUUUGACGCUUAACUUCAGGGGUAGUAAUACGACGAGUGCCCCGACAUCUCCACAUCAUUCAGGCGUCUCGUCCUUCUUAUCUCGCGCCACAUCAUUGACGGGAAGCGUCACUUCAACGGUCCAACAGAUCGCCAGAACCGCCACUAAUAAAGACAGACAAAAGAUUUUAUUAGUGAUCGACGAUCACCAAACAGAUUGGUCGAAGUACUUCCGAGGGAAGCGAUUACAAGGAGAAUGGGAUAUAAGAGUGGAACAGGCCGAGUUUCGUGACCUCACGUUAGCCUCGAGUUCCGAAUCUGGAAGUGUUGUCAGUAUUAUUGGUUUUGACAGAAGCGGGUCAAAGGUUGCGAGAUCAUUUCGACCAGACUUUGUACUAAUCCGUCAACACAUUCGUGAUGUACGCGAAGAUUAUAGAGAUAUCUUAUUAGGUCUGGCCUUUGGAAAUGUCAAAACUCUUCCCACUUGUCAUCAAGGUUAG